UCUCAUUUUUGAAUUAUUUACAGCGUAUGGUAUUUGAAUAGUAUCUCUGUUUUCAUCAUUAAUUUCACCACAUGAAAGCAGCAACGACCUUUCACUUUCCUCAGACAUUUGUCUUGAGUUACUUCCUCUUAUUUAUUGCAUUCACAGUUCGGAUACGAGCAGUUCGUUGAAGGUUCCAAACGGAAAAGCACGUACAGUUUAAUCCAGUUACAAAGAAAAGAUCAUCUUCGUUGAACCACCGGAAAGACUCGGACAUUAAUUUGAUCUAAAAGAAGAAUUUAAAGAUUUAUAAAAAGCUGUUUUUUACAGCAUGGAACGUAUUUAUUUUAUAAAUUUCUUUUUUAGACAUCUUUCAGUCUAGUUCACGCAACACAAAUAAAGGAAAUUUUAUUUUCUUGUGUACGUUCAUACGAAUCACUAAAAAAUAAUGACAUGAAGUAUUCGCCAUACUUGUUAUCAUAAUUACUAAAAGUUUAGUCAAAAUUUUCGUACAACUACUAAACUUUAGCCGUCGAAACGAAAGAUUAGCCCGUCGAAACAAGUUGACUUAUAUGAUGACAGAUCAGUCGUAUAGCCUAAAUGCUAAUCAUUACUUUAAUAAUACUGGAAAUGGCAACGAAAACCUUGCAUCACAAAGCAGUUUGUACAAUACUUGGUAUCAAACGUCUGGAACGUACGAAGAACGAAGCUGCUGGCGUAAACUUUAUGACUACAAUUCAGGGUACUGGUAUUAUCAAAACCUAUUAAACAACACAACACAAUGGGAGAAACCAGAUGGUUGGGACUUAUGGCCCAUUAAUGGAGCUCAAACACCCAAUGAUGAAGACAAAGAUAAUAAAUCGUGUCUUUCUAUAUUUCGCAAAACAUCAGAAGAGCUGGAACAAAAAAAUCAAGAAUAUGUAAAGCGCAAAGCAAGACGACAAGUCAAUCCAGAGGAAGCAAAAAAUUUACACUGGAGACCAGAGGGAGCCAAUGAGUACAACAUAUGGUAUGACAAAUGGAUUGGUGAUCAUUGGAAGGGAAUGAAGGAUGAUGGUCCAGCAGAGACAAGAUGCAUCAUCAGCAAGGAUGCUGGUUUCACUAAGGCAAAUCUUCUUGACCCAAACAGAAAGAAAACAUAUUUUUGCAUCUUUUUUGCUCGAGGAUGUUGUCAACAUGGUUCGGAAUGUGGCUACUACCACCUUGUACCAACUGACAAAGAUGCAAAAAGAAUCAACAUGAUACAUGAUGUGUUUGGAAGGAAGCAUAGGUUACACAGUGACAAUAUGGGUGGAGUGGGAUCAUUUGAAAAUGAUUGUCGAACACUGUAUGUUGGUCGUUUGGGAAGUCACAAAGAACUAGAGAAUGUCUUAUGGAAAGAAUUUGGAGAAUGGGGUGAAAUUGAGGAUAUACGUGUCAUCACUAGGCGUCAGAUAGCAUUUGUAAGAUACAAGAACAGAAUUAACUGUGAAUUUGCAAAGAUUGCUAUGUCAGAUCAAAGACUGGAGGGUCAGGAAGUGUUAAAUGUGAGAUGGGCUUAUGAUGAUCCUAAUCCCAAAGCAAGAAAACAGAAAACGGAAGAUAUUCGAGAUGCGAUGCGUACAGCAAUAUUUGAAAAACUAGAAGAGGAAGAACCACAACCAAAACGUCUCUGUAGUACUGGUAUAAUUGGUACUUAUCCUAAUACGGAUGAUCAAUAUCCUGACUCAGCAGCCGGGCCUUUAACUAAGGAAUAUUAUGAGAGGGAACAGAUAUUACAAGAGGUCAAAGAAAAUUGUAGUAGAUUAGAUGAUGCAUUCAAAAGACUGGAAUCUAACACUUGCACAUAAAAUAUCACUGCUAAAAAAAGUUAUAUAAUAACACUACUACUUCAUUUAAUGAGAAAUUUGUAAGAGUAGAUGUAUUUCCACUGGUUACUAAAUAUACAUUCUCUUCAUUUAAACUUUUACAUAUAAAA